CCCCCCUUUCCCACUGGCGAGCGUUGAGGAACGCGCUUGAACUAGCUGGAAAAACCCUUUUUACGCACGGAGAGCUUGGAGAGGCAGCGACGAGCGCUUCAUUUUUUAGAUCAGCAAAGAGUUUACCAGCAACAGCGGUGAGCUGAAGCAUCUGAGUGGGCAUGUGGUUGCUGGAGAAGCUGCGCAGCUCUGUGGAGAGCAGUGGGACACAUUCCCAGCCCCCGCAGACGACAGAGGCCAUUCCCGUUGCUGUGUAUGCCAAUGUGCUCACCCCCGAAAGGAUCCCUGAUUUCUUCAUCCCCCCCAAACUCAUCUGCUGCCCCCCUGAGGAGUCCACUAGCCCAGAACCCAAGCCCCGCACCAAUCUGAGACCCUCCUCCUCCGACAACGCUAUCUGCAGCCAGAGCCCCCGAGCCCGGAGCAGCAAGAGCGUCUGCAGCCCUCGCCUGUUCUGCCGCAACCUGCAAAAGUCUGCCAACCGCCACAUCAUCCAGAUAGAGAGUGCAGAUGAGCCGGGCACUGGGACAGUGGACAAGCACACCGUGGACAUCAAUACCAAUGCUGACCCUCAGUCACAGACUGCCAUGUCCUUGCCGUACGUCCCAAAAGCUCAGACCUCCUAUGGCUUCUCCACCUUGGUAGAAUCUCCUCACACUAGACGCAAGGAAAGCCUGUUCCACAGUGAUCCCAACAGCCCCCUUAACUCCCCAAGUUCCCAGAGGCGCUCCCAAGGGGGGACUCUGCUGGCCCCAGCUGACCCCAAUCCUUAUCGCUACUUCAGUGGAGGAGAGAGUGACACCUGCUCAUCCGCUGAGUCUUCCCCAUUUAACUCCCCGCUCCUCUCCAGGUCUGCUUCCCUACUUCGAUCUAUUACCCAGGAAACACAAGCCAAGGUAUCUCGUGCGAGACGCUCCCUGGCACGCCACAGUUCUCUCUCCACUGACGAAUGCAGCUCUGCCGACAACAGCCCCAACAUGCAGCGGCGCCGCGCGCGCUGCCCCCCCUCUCCUGCCUUCCGAGGAGCCAAAGCCAGCAGCUCCAGGCCAGCAGCCUCAGAUCUCCUGCAGCGUGAGCACACUAUCAACCUCCACAAGGGGGGCACCCUGAGGUUGAGCACCCACUACGACCCCGAAGCCUCCCGGCUAAGGGUGCGUGUGCUCGCUGCAGAGGCCCUCUACAACAGGCAGACGGACCUGAAAAGCAUUAACUGCUGUGUGGCUCUCUACCUGAACCCCGGCAAGCAGCAGAAACAACGGAGCACCAUAAUCAAGAACAGCAGGAACCCAGUGUUCAAUGAAGACUUUUUUUUCGAUGCACUGCCCCAGGCGCAAGUGAAGAAUCUGGCCAUGAAGAUAAAGGUUGUGAACAAAGGAACCAGUCUGAAGAGAGAUGUGCUUUUAGGUGAGAGGGAGGUGCUGCUCAGUGAGCUGCUCGCAAACCUCUAGGGAGACCUUGUCAAGGCUCCAGUGAAAGCGAGCGACCUUUUCAUCCCACCCUUCCGGGUACUGGGCAAGAAGCAGCAUACCAAUGACCAGGGAGCUGCAUCUUGCACACGGUGUUGUGUAUAUCGACAGAGUCCCUCUUGUCAUGACUAGUUAAGCUUAAACAAAGACAUGCAGACAUACUUUAAGCCAAGGGUCUCAAACUCCAGUCCUUCACGGCCGCUGUCCUGCAACUUUUAGAUGUGCCUCUGCUGCACCACACCUGAAUAGAUUAAUUAGGUCAUUAGCAAGGCUCUGGAGAACUGAUCUACACAAGGAGAAGGUAAUUAAGCCAUUUCAUUCCGGUGUUUUGUACCUGCGGCACAUCUAAAAACUGAAGGACAGCGGCCCUCGAGGACUGGAGUUUGAGACCCCUGCUUUAAGUGCUUGCUGGUAUGUUAGCAUUGUGAAUGGCAGAGCGGUGUUUGUGUAUUUUUCUUGACGCGCUGACUUUCCAAAAGGUGUUGCCCCUUUCUGAUGUAGCUCUUUUCGGUUCAUAUGUCUAACUUGAAGUUGUAUUUUUGUAAUAAAUCUACUCUAUUAUUGCGUACAAAAGUUUUGCAUGUCACUGUGCAAAUGCUAAAUGCCUUUGUGUACUUGAAAGACUGGAUUUGAAAGACUCCUAUUGUAAAUAUGACUGACACAAUGUGAGAAGUUUCAGAACUUAUCAAUAAAGAGCACACUAAAAAUACAGCAAGA